AUGUCUGGGCUUGAGCUGGAAGGGGAACAGGGAGGGGCAUCUCACGGAGGUUUGGGGUGGAGGGCUCAUCCCACACAUCUUCUGUUCUGUUCCAGGGAAGAGUGGACCCAAAAGGAGGAGAAGGUGCGAAGAGCCGUCAAGCAAGUCCUGAAGUGUGACGUGACUGAGCCCAAUCCUUUGGCUCCGCUGUCUCUGCCUCCAGCUGACUGUGUGCUGUCCACCUUGUGCCUGGAAGGGGCUUGCAAAGACCUGCCCACUUUCUGUUCUGCUUUGAAGAACAUCAGCUCCCUUCUAAGAUCUGGAGGGCAUUUAGUCUUGUUAGCCAUCCUGGAAGAGACGUUUUACAUGGUUGGCCAGCGCCGGUUUUCUUGCCUGUAUUUGGAUCAGAAAUCUGUAGAAGAAGCAGUGAAAGAGGCUGGCUUUGAUAUUGAGUGGCUAGAAGGGAUCCAGUAUAGCUCUCCACAGAUUUCACAUGAUGCUAAGGGUGUCUGUGUACUGGUGGCACGGAAGCAUUGAAGCGGGUUGGAUAAUUGGUUGGAAUAGCUAGGGAUGCCACCUCCCUUGAAGGAAAUUCGUGUAGAUUUAGGGAGGGGGCCUGGGGAGGGCAGGUUUGGGGGAGUGGAGGGAUCUCCACAGGGCAUAAUUCCAUAGAGUUCCUCCUCCAAAAGCAUUCAUUUCCUCCAGGAGCACUGAUCUCUCUAGUCUGGAGAUCAGACAUAAUUCCAGAUCCUGAGGCCCCAGGUAGAGGUUCACCUGAUUUUAAUGUUUUAUCAGUAAUAUGUUGAGAGGGAAGGAGUUCUGUGGUCCCCUGUGCGACUGCUUGCUUUGAAUGAGAGAGCCCCUGAUGUUUAUGGAGCUCCCCCUUGUAAAACUGGCUUUAUUUACAAGAAUGCAGCCAAGGGACGGACGGAGGCCCAGAGGUAGCAGAGCGUCUUCUUCAUCUCAUGUCUUCUAAGGGAACCCUGCAGCCUUUGGCCAGCUGACAUCUCUCUGGCCCUCAAGCAAACAGCGUCCAAAUCCCCUGGUGCCUCCCGGACCGCUUUCCUGCUUCUGACAGAUCUGAAUGGCUUCUUUGUCUUAAAUGUUCUCCACCAACAUGGCCUCCAUAUUCUCUUUUUACCCACUGUCACGCAGAGCGCUGACUUCACAAAUGGGAACAUAUACAGUUACACAAAAAGACGAAGCCUAAAGUGGAAAAACACUCAGUUUCCACUCACUGAGCUAAAAAAGGCCUUCCCCUCUGUCUGGGGUGGCAAGUUGAGGUGAGCAGAUGAUGUGGGGCAUCACCAGAGUUCUGCGGCUGGAUUGCUUCUAGCCGGUCCUCUUUUCUGGGCCUUCCUGGCAUGUCCCAAGUCUGCUCUGUCUGCUCCAGACUCUUUUCCUCGCUGGCUGUCAGUCUGCUGUCCUGCACACAGUGGCCAAAGUGACUCACGACUACCCCAUAAGCUUUUCAAGGCAAGAGACGCUCGGAGGUGGUUUGCCAUUUCCUGCCUUUGGAUGGGCUGAGAAACGUGACUGGCCCAAGGUCAGCCAGCAGGCUUCAUGUGGAGGAGUGGGGAAUCGAACCCAGUUCUCCAGGUUAGGAUCUGCGGCUCAUACUGGCUCUUUAGGCUCAUAAAAGAGUUAACAGGAAGCGUGGGCAUUGUGUAAUCUGUAAUGAGGCCCUAUCUGCCUGUGGGAGCUCAGAAGGAAAUUUGGAAUUCCAAGUUCAACCCUUCUCAGGCACUUUGUGCAAAAUCAGAGUAAUCUUAAGACACUGGAGUUUUCGCUAGUGACCAAACAGGUUCACACCUAGAACCCCUGAUUGAGUCAGGAGAGAAAGCUCCUUCUAAAAACCUUUCUGAGCACCAGUUCUUUAAAGAAACACACCUGGGGGUGCUAUCAGGCACCAUUCCAGAGAAUCAAGAAACCUGCCCUUGAAUUCUGUGGGAGGCUGUGGUUUAUGUGGUGACAGAGAAGAGCACUGCACAUUGAAAGCAGCAUAAUGCUGGAAGCCCUGGCUUGGCUGAUGUGGCUAGUGGAUUGUGAGGCUGGAUAAUAGUAGUGAGGCAGGGAUGCUAAUUCCUGGAGAUUUGAGGACUAAGCCUGGAGAGCAGGAAUUUGGGGAGAGCCAUCAUGGUAU